AUGUACUCCAACAAAGUGGAGGGACCGCGGAGGGGAAGGUCUUUUGACUCGAUGAACAUCGCCUUUGAAGAGAAGCUGCUGAACAACGAGAUAAAUAAAUCAACGUUCACAAAAAUCGAAGAGAAUACAGAGAAGAAGAACACACCAGAGAAGGGGCGAGCGGCGAUCAUCUUUUCCCUGAAGAAUGAAGUUGGAGGCCUUGUGAAGGCGCUUAAACUUUUCCAAGAGAACCACGUCAACCUUGUGCACAUUGAGUCCAGAAAGUCAAAACGACGCAACUCCGAAUUUGAAAUAUUUGUGGACUGCGACAGCAACCACGAACAACUGAACGAAAUCAUCCAGCUGCUCCGCAAACAUGUGAACAUCGUGGACAUGGAGCCCCGCGAUAACUCCUGUCUCCCUGAGCAAGAUAUGGAUAAUGUACCUUGGUUCCCUAAGAAAAUUUCAGACCUGGAUAAGUGUGCCAACAGGGUGCUGAUGUACGGCUCAGAUUUGGAUGCCGACCAUCCGGGCUUCAAAGACAACGUCUACCGGAAAAGACGGAAGUAUUUCGCAGAUCUGGCUAUGAGUUUUAAACAUGGGGAUCCUGUUCCUCGCAUCGAGUUCACAGAGGAAGAAGUGAAGACUUGGGGCGUUGUGUACAGAGAGCUCAACAAGCUGUAUCCUACUCAUGCCUGCCGGGAAUACCUGAAGAACCUUCCUCUGCUGUCCAAGCAUUGUGAAUGUCGGGAGGACAACAUCCCCCAGCUGGAAGACGUCUCACGCUUCCUCAGGGAACGCACUGGAUUUACCAUCAGGCCUGUAGCAGGGUAUCUUUCUCCCCGAGACUUCUUAGCGGGCCUGGCCUUCCGUGUUUUCCAUUGUACCCAGUACGUGCGCCAUAGCUCCGACCCGUUAUACACCCCAGAGCCGGACACAUGCCAUGAGCUGCUGGGUCACGUGCCACUGCUAGCAGAGCCCAGCUUUGCCCAGUUCUCUCAGGAAAUUGGUCUCGCAUCACUUGGGGCCUCUGAUGAUUCAGUCCAGAAACUGGCCACAUGCUACUUCUUUACAGUGGAGUUCGGCCUAUGCAAACAGGAAGGGAAACUACGAGCAUAUGGGGCCGGACUGCUGUCUUCCAUCAGCGAACUUAAGCAUGCACUUUCUGGGAAUGCGAGGAUAAUGCCAUUUGACCCCAAAGUCACAUGCAAGCAAGAAUGCAUCAUCACAACAUUUCAAGAUGUCUACUUUGCUUCAGACAGUUUCGAGGAGGCGAAACUCAAAAUGAGAGAGUUUGCCAAGACCAUCAAGCGCCCGUUCACCGUGCGGUACAACCCUUACACACAGAGUGUGGAUUUACUCAGAGACACCCCCAGCAUCAACAGCGUGGUGGAGGAGCUCCGACACGAGCUUGACAUUGUUGGCGAUGCGCUCAGCCGGCUCAAUAAGCAGCUGGGUGUCUGACUGCCUGGAGUUGUGGUUCGAUUACCCGCCAACAGCACAUCUCAUCAGGCCUGCCAUAUCAUCCCAAAGCGGCACUGUAAGGAUGCCGCUUGUAGCUUCCCCAUCGUCAAUACAUAGAA